AUGGACUCCAUGGAAGCUCGUUUCGGCCACAUGCGUCAGCGUGACACCAGUGUGGACAUGCUGCGGGUGAAGAUGUCUCGGAGACGGUCGCAGUCCCAGAAGGAGAACCGACACAAGGCCCUGAACAGCCGCAGGCAGCUUGACAAACUCCCCGAACUGGAAUGCUCUCAACUGGACAUGUAUGUUGCUGAACAUGUGUCAGUAUUUCAAGAAAAAGCACUGAAUACAAAACAAGUGAAAAGUGAGUUGUUGUUUUUGUGUGUGAUUUUGUUGUUCAUUCGUGUAUCACUUAUUAAGCUAGAUAACAGUAUUCUCUAGGUAACGUUACUGUAGCCAGGUUAGCUGGCUUGAAUAUUUUCUUCUCUGAAACUGGCGUGUCAAAAAAAUGUAUGCGCCUGAGCCAACUUCGCCCUCAUGCCUCUUCAUCCUCCACGCCCACUAAUGUUAUGUAAUCCCACACUGAUCUAUUUUCUCUCCAACUCCCUCUUCUUUUUCUCAGACACUGCAGUGGAGGAGCGAAUUAAAAAGCUUGCCCGCUACAAAGAGAAGAAGGAGCUUGUGAAGGAGAAAGAGAAGAGGGCAAGGGAGAAGAAGGGGGUGUUCAAGGUUGGGCUGUACCGGCCCAUGGCCCUUCUGCCUCAGGCCCCAGCUGCCACAACCAAAGCCAGGGUGAGGGGGGCACAGCUUAACACUGACUCGGUAUACUGCUGACAUAUCUAUAGAUAUAAUAUCCAUCGUCCUUGGGAGUCACCGUUCAAUCAUUGAGUUGAUGAAGAUCUACUUGUCUCAUCACCAGAGGGUGAACUUGAUGUGUCCAGAACUCAUAUGCAUAUUAGACAGUGCCGUUUAAGAUGAGGGAGGACAUUUUUUUAUUUUAAUAUUCCAUUCACCCAGUUCAAUGUAAAAUCGAUAGGUUUAGGCUACUACAUGAUACUAAAAAUGUCCCUAUACCCAUCAUGAGGUUGCUACAACAGGUCGAGAGAGAAUUGAGUAAUCCAGACAGUGACACAUUCAAUACCGCCUUGCACACUCUUGCCUGUAUCUAGCUGAUCUAGGGUGUAAUCAUUAGUCCAACAGUUGCAAAUUAGUUAUAUUGGACAAAUUCAGGUAUGUUUAUCUUUGUUCCGUUUGCUUCCGUUUAAGGAACGUUUUUCAACAGAAUUGGCGGAAUGUAUACACCCCUGAUCACUGCAAACACAGUUCACUUUCAUAACAGCCUUCCCUUUGUUUGUAGGCUUCAGUGCAAAAUACAACAGCUGUCUGUGACCAGGCGAAAAAACCUUUCCAUACCAUAACCGCUAACUGCUACACACAGCCUACACCGUUCUCACCUAAUGUCAGUCAACAUAGUUAGCUACUAGAACUAACGUGUUAAUAAACCCACUACAAUCAUGCAGUACAUUGUGCAGUUUAGCAGUUACACCGGCGGGCCACGGUGACAUUAAAUUAAUAAAACCAAAAGCUUACGUUGACAUGGAAGAGUUCCAGUGUUGGAUAGCCAGCUAGUUAACAUAGCAUCCCUCUGUUUGAGUAGGCUAAAUUAGCUAGCUGCAUUUUCUAGCUGGAUAAGUGAAAGUGGAUAAAAAAAAUACAAUGGAAUAUAGCUAGCGCUCUUUAUCUUGCUUCUCCUUAAUUUUGGAAAAAAUUAUUUGUUAAACUAUUGUCUUUCUCUCUCUUUGAGUCAACUAUUCACCACAUUCUCUGCACUGCAGUGCUAACUAGCUGUAGCGUAUGCUUUCAGUACUAGAUUCAUUCUCUGAUUCUUUGAUUGCGUCAACAUGUCAGUUCAUACUGCAAGAGCUCAUCGGUUGGAGGAUGUCCUCCGGAAGUUGUCAUAAUUACUGUGCAAGUCUAUGGAAGGGGGUGAGAUCCAUGAGCCUCCUAGGUUUUGUAUUGAAGUCGAUGUACCCAGAGGAGGACUGAAACUAACUGUCCUCCGGCUACACCAUGGUGCUACCCCAGAGAGUGCUCUUGAGGCUACUGUAGACCUUCAUUGCAAAACAGUGUGUUUUAAUCAAUUAUUUGGUGAUGUGACUAUAUUUAGUAUAGUUGUAUCUAAAAAGGAUACCUUUUUUAUUGUUUAACUAUUUUUAUGAAAUUCACUGAAGAGGAUGGUCCUCCUCUGAGGAGCCUCCGCUGAUAUAAAAACAGAACUGGUGUUCUUAAGCCACGUUUAUACCUGUGCUAACGUGUCCUUUGUCCUGAUUGUGCCCAUAUUGGGGCGGCAGGUAGCUUAGUGGGUAAGAGCGUUGUGCCAGUAACUGAAAGGUCGCUGGUUCUAAUCCCCGAGCCGACUAGGUGAAAAAUCUGUCGAUGUGCCCUUAAGCAAGGCACUUAACCCUAAUUGCUCCUGUAAGUCGCUCUGGAUAAGAGCGUCUGCUAAAUGACUAAAAUGUAAAAUGUAGUGGGUUCGAUCCCCGGGACCACCCAUACACAAAAAAAAAUGUAUGCACGCAUGACUGUAAGUCGCUUUGGAUAAAAGCGUCUGCUAAAUGGCAUAUUAUUAUUAUUAUUAUAUUUGUAGACUGGUGUAAAUGAUCAAAAGACACAUUGUGAUCUGAUUUUGAUCAGAUCUUCCUGACCACCUCCGGAGGUAGUCGGGCAUGCAUUGUCUGUAUGUCACAAGUGUAGACUAAUCUGGACAGUGACACCAUUUAAAUCCUCAUCCCACCUUCUUAAAUCAUUGACAGCUGGCACCAUUGACUUAUGACAGCAAUAUGUCUUUAAAAUAAAUAUUAUUUUGAAAGAACAUCUGUCACAUUUGCAUACAGGGAGGGACCAGGAAAUGUGGACACAGUGGACGGAUAAGAGACACAUUUUAAUACCAUGGGUAAACACAUCUGAAAAUGUGGGAACAAUCCGAUUGUGGACAAAAUCCGUACCAAUGAUGCCGGUUAGCACCAGGUAUAAGCAAGGAUUUAGUGGUGUUACAUUGCCAUAACGUGGCCUUGCCUUUUCCUCCUACCAGGCAACAGCCACAGUGGUCCAGCCCCAAUCCACCAGAGUGACUCGCUCAACCAUGAGGCAGCAGGACCCCAAAGUGAUUUUUUUUUCCUGCCAAUUCUACAUUUGUUCUGCACAUAUCUUUUAUAUAAGAUUUUCUGUUACAUUAUUUAGUCAACCUACAAUAGCUGCUUUUUGGAAUAACCAUAUAAUUGACAAUCUGCUGUAUUUUCUCUGUUCCAUUGAUCUAGGCACCACAGCAUAUUGACACUGUCCCUGCUUCAAGAAAAGGUUGGUGGUUUUUUUACCCCCACUUUACCUCAAACAAUUCUUCCACCUUAUAUAAUAAUUGAAUGGUGUGCAUAAUUCAACACCUGUACCUGCUGACGCCUUUACCUGGUUCUGUCUUAGUUGAACCAGCUGUGGUCAGGUCAACCAGGAGGACCAGGAUCGCUAUAGGUACCACUCCUAACCAUGACAACAAUCUGUCAGCUGUUCUAUACAUUACGCCCCAAAGCCUUUUCUUUAGCCAAUUAUUUGACCCUGAUAAACAUAUCCUUGACUUGUAACUUAUAACUGUUAUUUUCCCACUUUCCUGCAGUUGAACCAGUAGUCAGAGCCCCAUCCACAAGGUCAGCUAAUAGGCCUCCGGUCUCUGUGGCCCCUGUGGCAAAGGACAAACCUGCUGCAGCUCCCAAGACCAGAUCAAAUGCCAAGCAGUCUGCAGCACCAUCUGUUGGCAGAGGGAGGAACACCAGGGGUGAGCAUUGGCAGCUGACAUCCCACGCUUCAUAUGCAUUAUUCUUCUACAACAUUUUCUGUGCUUUCCCCCCCCAUGUUAUUUUUGCAUUCAAAAAUGUUGAUUUUGACAUUCUCUUUAGGAAAUGCUGAGAGCAAUAAGCAAGCUGCUGUGAAAGUGGAAGAGCCAGUAGAGGAGCCCAGGGAUGCCAGCCCCCCACCCCCCAGUGCAGAGGAGGAGAAGAUGGUAGAAGACCCUGCCCCUGCUGAUCCAGCUCUAGAACCUGUCCCAGCCCAGGCUGACUCCCUCCACCCUCCAGCCCCCACCCCGUCCUCCUUCGCUCCCCAGGGCUUUGUGUUCCAGGCCCCAGCAGGCCUGUCCUCCUUCAAGCCCACCCCUCUCACCCCCCGCUCUGCAGACUCCUUCUUUAAACCCAGGUAACACUCUUCUCUGAUCAGUCUGUAUCCCUCUAACAUAUUUUAGAUUCCCUUUUAAUAUUUACUAGGUGCAUUACAUCAAUCGGGUUAUGAAAACCUGGUUGAUAUACUGUUACUGCUUAUUAAAAUAUGACUUGCUGUCAUUUCUUGUUUUAAUUCUUCAUCCUCCUCUGCAGUGUCCCUGCCUUUGUACUACCCCCUGUGCCACUCUGGGCUUCUGAUGACUUGGUGCCCAAAAUGGAGCUCAGUGCUCCCUCUCCUGCUAAGUCCCCUGUUCACUCCCCGCCUUGCCCUUCUCCUACUCUGGCCCCUCAGUGUUCUCAGAGUCCCCAGGAACCAGAGCAUGAUGUGCCAUACUUCAGGUGAGGGUUACAUUUUAGCUGACAAACUAUCAUACAUAUUAUAUGAAACCAAGUCAACAGCGAAGUUCCUGACCUAGACAAGUGUUGUCAUGUGAUAUGUGAAUGUCUGUCCGUGUGUCUGUCAGGUCGGUGGUGGUCAGUGAGACCGAGAGACUGACAGACUUUUGUCAGCAGUGGGAGCCCAGGGUGGAUGAUGCCUCUAUCCCUGAAGAGAGUGAGUGUCUAAAUGUGUUUUAACCAUCAUAAGGGUUUGAUUCGGAUUUAUCAGUGAAAUACAUCAUACCACAUUUCCUCAAUGUAUCCUUUUCUCAAUACAUUUUGUAACUGUGUUUAUCUUCAUCCCUGUGUGAAGUGUGUGACCGUAUGCGUACGGCUGUGGGGCAAGCCAAGCUGCUGAUGAAGGAGAGGUUUGGUCAGUUCUCUGGCCUGGUGGAUGACUGUGAGCUUGGCAGAGGAGAGAAGAUCACCACCUGUACCGACCUGCAAGGCUUCUGGGACAUGGUCUACUACCAGGUGGGUUAGUGACUAGGAUGACAUGGUCUACUACCAGGUGGGUUAGUGACUAGGAUGACAUGGUCUACUACCAGGUGGGUUAGUGACUAGGAUGACAUGGUCUACUACCAGGUGGGUUAGUGACUAGGAUGACAUGGUCUACUACCGUGUAUGUGUCAGUUCGUGUGUAGAAUUAGAUGAACAGACACUGGUGGUUGCAAUCUGUUUAUGCUUGUCUGUUAACACUAAAGCUAAACUAUACUAGCUUCCUCUAGGAAGAAUGAUGACCUAGAUUGGUAUAGCAUUCUGAAAGGUUGAAAAUGUGGAUGCAAGCUUUCUAAAAGGGCACCCCAUCUUCUUUCCCUCUCUCGCUCCUUGUUCGACACUUCCUCUGUCAGGUAGAGGACGUGAACAAGAAGUUUGGUGCUCUGAAGGAAGCAGAGUCUAAGGGUUGGCAGGAGGAGCGCAAGCCCCCUCCAAUACAGAGGAAGGUGGUCAAGAAGCCGCCCUCUACUCUGGUGGCUAAGCCUGUCGGUGGUGCUGCCGCCAAGUCUCGUCUGGCUGCCAUCAAGGCUGCUAUAAAGGCCAAGCAGCAGGCUGCAGAGGCAGAGAAGGCAGUCCAGGCCGCAGGGCCAGGCAGUGCUGUGGACGACCCUGCUCCAGCUCCUCGGGACCCCCAGGCAGAGACCCAGGCCCCAGAGCCACCGGUGGUGGUGUUCCAGGGAGGCUUCUUCCAGGUGGAGAGUCCUGCCAAACUCACAGGUGAGACUCAUACCUCUACCGUUCUUCACCCACUCUUCCCCUCAACUGCUGUGAUGCACAGAGAUAUGGAUGGAGGCAGAGGAAGAUGCAUAGAAUGACAGGCUGAAAGGACGGAGGGUUUUCUCGGGCCUGUAAGACCGCUGACGUCUCCCUCUGUCAGUGUUGGAGGUACCUGGUAAAGCGGUAUGGAGUGAGCUAGUUGGGAAUUGACUGAUUGCUGUAUUGUCUCUGUCUGUCUUUCCAGGCUCUGCGAGGAGAUCCACCCGUGUAGCUGCCAGGCCUCUUCAGGCAUCUCCCUGCUCUGUCACCAAGUUCUCCACCCCCGGCAGAACCCGCCACUCCAACACUGCUGUAGCUGCACACCCCUCCACUCUCCCUCUCCCCCACCUAACCCCUGCUCGCUCCACCCUCACCCCUGCCUGCUCCAGGCUCUCCCCUGCCCAUCUAUCUGAUGCCACCCCACUCCGUACCCCUGAUCCUGAACCUCAGUCCUGCACCCUGGCCCCUGCCCAAAGUAGCCCCACCAGAGUCUCUCUCUGCUUCUCACCAGUCAAAGAAGCUUUGACGGACACCCAGUCAGAGGAAGGCCCCAGCAACCAACCAGAGCUAGUCUCCGUGCAGAAUGAAGUCACUCCUGACCAACCAGAUCCCGAGAGCAUGCAGGAAGAUGUAGCUUGUGACCAAUCGGAGGUUGUUACUGAGCCCACUGUUCGCCAUGAGGAGCACUCUGAGAGCUGUGAGUCUGAAAAAAUUUGCCAAUCGCCAUCCAACACACAACAGUUGACCAAUGACGAACACCCCCAAGAAGCCUUCAGCCAAUCGGUGUUGGCCACAGAGGAGCCCAACCAAUCGGAGCUCUUGGUCAUGCCUGAAGUGAGCAGCCCUGUGGCUACCCACUCAAUCCCAUCCUCUCCCUCACUCCAGGACAGAGAAGAAGAUUUAGAGGCCUACGAUACCAGCCUACCCAUCUCACCAAGGCUUCCCCUCUGUCCCUCACUGCCCCACACCCCCACCCAUGGAGCAGAGUCCUCCCCAGUCAGAAGCCCCGCCUUCAGCUUCACCCUCUCCUCCAACCCAUCCAGGCCAAAACCUACCAAGGCCAGCCUAUCUCCCCUCUCCUCCCCCUGCCUGGUGCCCUCCUCUCCUGCUGUCCAGGUCUCCCUCAGCUUCCCAGCUGAUGCCGACGUGACAGUGACUCCAGAUACUUAUGUCACUGAGGUAAGUGUUUUGGCAAAGAAUAUAUUUUUGUAUAUAUUGUGUAUGUGGACACCCCUUCAAAUUAGUGGAUUCAGCUAUUUCAGUCCACACCCGUUGCUGAAUGGUGUAUAAAAUCAAUCAAACAGCCAUGUAAUCUCCAUAGACAAACAUUGGCAGUAGAAUGGCCUUACUGAAGAGCUCAGUGACUUUCAACAGGGCACCGUCAUAGGAUGCCACCUUUCCCACAAGUCAGUUCGUCAAAUUUCUGCCCUGCUAGAGCUUUCCCGGUCAACUGUAAGUGCUGUUAUUGUGAAGUGGAAACGUCUAGGAGCAACAACGGCUCAGCUGCAAAUUGGUAGGCCACACAAGCUCACAGAACGGGACCGCCGAGUGCUGUGGCGUGUAAAAAAAUAGUAUGUCCUCGGUUGCAACACUCACUACCGAGAUCCAAACUGCCUCUGGAUGCAACGUCAGCACAAGAACUGUUCAUCAGGAGCUUCAUGAAAUGGGUUUCUUCCAUGGCCGAGUAGCCGCACACAAGCCUAAGAUCAUUAUGCACAAUACCAAGCGUCGGCUGGAGUGGUGUAAAGCUCGCUGCCAUUGGACUCUGGAGCAGUGGAAACGCGUUCUCUGGAGUGAUGAAUCACGCUUCACCAUCUGGCAGUCCGAUGGACGAAUCUGGGUUUUGCGGAUGCCUUGAGAACACUACCUGCCCCAAUGCAUAGUGCCAACUGUAAAGUUUGGUGGAGGAGGAAUAAUGGUCUGGGGCUCUUCUUCAUGGUUCGGGCUCUUUAGUUCCAGUGAAGGGAAAUCUUAACGCUACAGCAUACAAUGACAUUCUAGAUGAUUAUGCGCUUCCAACUUUGUGGCAACAGUUUGGGGAAGGCCCUUUCCUGUUUCAGCAUGACAAUGCCCCUGUGUACAAACGAGGUCCAUACAGAAAUGUAUUGUUGAGAUCGGUGUGGAAGAACUUGACUGGUCUGCACAGAGCCCUGACCUCAACUCCACCGAACACCUUUGGGAUGAAUUGGAACGCCGACUCGAGCCAGGCCUAAUCACCCAACAUCAGUGCCCGACCUCACUAAUGCACUUGUGGCUGAAUGGAAGCAAGUCCCUGCAGCAAUGUUCUAACAUCUAGUGGAAAGCCUUCCCAGAAGAGUGGAGGCUGUUAUAGCAGCAAAGGGGGAGACUAACUCCAUAUUAAUGCCAACUAUUUUGGAAUGAGAUGUUCAACGAGCAGGUGUCCACAUACUUAUGGUCAUGUAGUUGAGCUGAGCAUCUCUUAACUCUUGCCAGAGUCAUAAAUUAAUUGUUGUUUUUCUCUAAAUACACUAGGGUCUUCUGGGGUUGGAGUUUGAGCGCUACCUCCAACCUGUAGCAAGCUGCAGCCUGUCGCAACAGGAGCCGGCUGUUGCCGAGGAGAUGCUGUCGCCCAUGGCGAUAGACGUAGAAAUGGCGAGUCCGGUGGCUGCGUCUGGAGAGCCCAUUCGGGAGGAAGUGUUGAUUCCCACAGGUAACAGACGUGUGUGUGUGUGUACACCUGGGUUUUGGCACUUGGAUACGGUUUGUCCUGGAUAUUUGUAUUCCUUAUGGUGGAUUUGUUUUCUUUUUCUAUCAAGUCAUUGUUGUAUUCCCUCCUUCUCACUCCCAUCACAGCGUUUCCCAGUUUGGCACAAAUGUUCACCCCACGGACCACAAAGGUUAACUUCCUUGAUUUACCCCCUUUCUCUCUUGCAUAUAUAAUGUAUGAUUCCAUUUGGUGUUGGAUAACUUUUCACUUUGGUGUUCUGAAAUACGUAAUUUUACUAUUAGGUAUGCAUGCUUCUCAAUUCAUCAACAUGCUGUCCCCAUUUCAUUCUCCUAAAUCUCUUCUCUCUCCUCCAGCCAGUUGAGUCGGACCUGUUGCUGUUCACCCCUGAUCAGAUGGAUAGAGUGAGACAGUCAAUGUGCUCCAGUGACCUCAUGUCAUUCACACCUCCAUCUAAUAGAUAGAACAAGCAACUGA